CCCAGUGGAUACCCCUAAUCCUGCCUCACCCCUUUUCAUCCCUGCUCCAUGCCUGUGCCUGGACCGCUGGCUCUCAGCUUCAGCCUCAACUUCGUCCCAUAUAAACUGAGCUAAGAAAAGCAAACAACAAUGUCCACCAGCGAGCGUUUCGACUGCCAUUAUUGCAAAGACUCCCUGCUGGGGAAGAAGUACAUAAUGAAAGAGGACACUCAGUACUGCACUAAGUGCUAUGAGAACCUGUUUGCUAACUGCUGUGACGGCUGCUCUAUACCAAUUGGCUGUAACUGCAAGGACUUGUCCUACAAGGAUCGCCACUGGCAUGAGCAAUGUUUCAAGUGUGCAAAGUGCAACCGCUCUCUGGUGGAAAAGGCCUUUGCUGCCAAGGAUGAUUUGUUGCUCUGCACUGAAUGCUACGCCAAUGAUUAUUCCUCCAAGUGCACAACCUGCAAGAAAACCGUCAUGCCAGGUUCCCGCAAAAUGGAAUACAAGGGGAACAGCUGGCAUGAGACCUGCUUCCUGUGCCACCGCUGCCAGCAGCCAAUAGGAACCAAAUCCUUCAUCCCAAAAGACACUGGUUACUUUUGUGUGCCCUGCUUCGAGAAGCAGUUUGCCUACCAGUGCUGUGCUUGUAAGAAGGCCAUCACAAUCGGUGGAGUGACCUACCAAGACAAACCCUGGCACCGCGAGUGUUUCCUAUGCAUUGGCUGCAGAAAGCAGCUGUCAGGUCAGCGCUUCACCUCCAGGGAGAACUUCCCCUAUUGCCUCGAAUGCUUCAGCAACCUGUAUGCAAAGAAGUGUGUGGGUUGCACCAAGCCCAUCACCAGUCUGGCAGGGGCCAAGUACAUCUCUUUUGAAGAGCGGCAGUGGCACAGCGAGUGUUUUACCUGCAUGCAGUGCUCCGUGUCGCUGGUGGGACGCGGCUUCCUCACCAAGCGUGACAACAUCUUGUGCACCGACUGCGGCAGAGAGAAGUGACCUUUCGCGUAAAGGGGUCACAGUUACAACAAGAGCUCAUAUUCUGAUACAGAUACCGUGCAUCCAUGAAUAUUUCAUCUUAGCAUGCCUGGUACAUAAACAAAGUCUGAAUGUCAAAUGCUUAUUUUGGUGUUAUACAUGACCAUUAGUCCUCUCACAACACACAAAAACUGUGAUGUUCCACAGAGACAAACAUGUUUUUUUUAGAGUGAGGACACCAUUGUUCAAUUAAUGAAUGUUUGUUUUGUUUUUUUGGAUUUCCUAAAAUGAAAAACUGUUUUUAUUUCCUCACUAAAGUUUAAUAGAAUACAUUUUCUGUCAACCGAGUAAGUGACCAUUUGCCAUCAGCUCUAAUAUGUUUGCAAAGUUUUUUUUUCUUGUCAAAAAUUAUAAGUUUCAGUAAUUUUUCAAGAAAAAAAUCUGAAUCAUUUGCU